AUGCAGCAGCAACUUCACCUGCUGCUGCUGCUGCUGCUGCUGCUGCUUGUGCUAAUUGCUUCUGCAGCUAACUGCCUCCGUACCCAACAAAGGGGGGCCCCCAUCGGCUACGGGGGGGCCCCUGGGGGCCCCCCUUCCCUUUUUCUGCGGCGGUAUCCAACUUGCUGCAGCAGCAGCAGCAGCAGCAGCAGGGCUGGACAGCCGUUGCUGUCAGGAGGCGCAGCAGCAGCAGCAGCAUUCAGUCCAGCUGCAGCUGCAGCAGCAUGGCCCCGAGCAGCAGCAGCAGCUGUGGGCCAAGCCCCAACUAGCGCGUCCAGAGCAGCAGCAGCAGCAGCAGCAGCAGCAACAGAAGCAGCAGCAGCAGCAGCAGCAGCAGCAGCAGAGGAGAGGCUGCUGCGCAACAUCGCCAUUGUGGCUCAUGUUGAUCACGGCAAAACAACCCUUGUGGACGCGCUGCUGGCUUUUGCUGCUGAGCAGCAGCAGCAGCAGCAGCACAGGAAGCCGGGCCCAAAGCCGCAGACUCGCGUGGUGCUGCAGAAGGCCCUGCGCGCGGGGCUGCGUGCUGUUGUGGCCAUCAACAAAGUUGACAGGCCCACCGCUAAGCCAGAGUCAGUUGCUGCUGCUGCUGCUGCUGCUGCUGCUGCUGCUGCUGUUGCUGCUGCUGCUGCUGCUGCUGCUGCUGCGCACUUCUCUGAGGCGGCUGCAGUGAGCGCUGGCAAUGCUGCUGCGGGGAGGUGGCGGCUCGCGUUUUUGAUCUUUUUCUGCAGCUCGAUGCGUCUGAUGAGCAAGCAGAUUUUGAGGUCACCUGCUGCUGCUGCUGCUGCUGCUGCUGCUGCUGCUGCUGCUGCUGUUUCUUUCUUGUUCCUGUCUCAUUUUGUCUGUUUCCCUUUUUUCCUCGUCUUUCGUUCAGUCUGUGCUUCGUUUUGUUUUAUUUUUACUUUUAUUUGGAUCAAUUUGAUGAAUUACAGUUCUCUUUGA